UAAAAGGGAAAAUUGGGCCGAAAUUCACCAAGCCCAAAAACCCAUUUUCAUGUCAACACUCGACAUGUUCUGUCGGCUCCGUUGUAAAAAGCAGGGCAUCGCGUUUUGAUGGAAUGGCCGUGAGUGAACUUCAUCGUCAGAAGAUCAAAGAAGGACGAAGAAGAUCAUUUCCUUUGGUGGUGGGAUCGAGCUUCAUCUACAUCUUCAUCGUCAGUCCACUGGUGCAAACUUUGACAUGGUACUGUUUGUUUCCUCUGGCGUUGCAUUGUACUGAUUUUUGUUCAUAUUCUGAUUGUGACCGUCUGUUGCUGAGUUGGAUGGAUGGUGAGUUGUGGCUUUAACGUGAACUCAAUGCAAUGUGUAGUCUGGGUAAGCAGAAAAUCAGAACUCUUCCGGGACUGGAUUCGAUCUGCAAUAUUAUAUUAACAAAUUUGAUUAAUAGUGGGGAAACUGAUGAAGCUUACAGCUUCUUCCGGAAACUGAUCAAAGUCUGUGAGCCUGAUGCAGAUACAUAUACAAUGAUGAUAAAGAUGUUCUGCCAGAGGGAUGCGCUGGAGAUAGCUCUUAAGGUGUGGAAGUACAUGAACUCGAAGCGAUUCAUACCAAGCAUGCACGCUUACUCAGCGCUCAUAAAUGGCUUAUGCGAGAAGGGUAAUUCACCAAUGGCUUGUGUCUUAUUGGAGGAGAUGAUGGAGAAGGGAUCCGGCCAUCACGUAUGACUUUUGGGAGGGUAAGGCAAUUGCUCAUAAAGGAAGGAAGAGAGGAUGUGCUGGAAUUUCUUCAAGAGAAAAUGAACCUUUUGGUUAAAGAGCCAUUAUGCGAUUGAAGCUAUGCAGAAGGACUAAGGAGCUUCUGCUACAAGUUACGACCCUGAUAUUGUUAGAUUCAGGCAUUAGGACAUAUUCAGUUUGACAGCAGUGCUCUGUUUGAUUAAGAUGUUGGGCUGUCACUUCAGGUUCUCUGACCUGUAUACAGCUAUAUGUCUUCAAUUGUUUCCACGGUUUCUGCUACUUUACUGCCUUUAGAGAAAGGGAAGUUCACUGAUAAAGUAGAAAGGGUGCUGAUUUUGAAUGAAAGGUGCAGUUCAAUAUUGCUUCAUUUUCUUGACGAUCUCUCUUCAGAUGUGUGGUCACAUCUAGUCGAGUUUACCGUGCACUACAGGGGGAUAAGAAGCUGCGGGAGAAUCAUCUAAGAUGCCUGAAUCACGAACAAGAACGUGGCUUGAGGAAGCGACAGGUUCCAACAAAGAAAAUAGCCCUUUUCGGCUGCUACAGCUAUGUGUUGGCAACCAUUGCCUUCUCUUCGGGCUAUUCACCUACGGAGGACCAAUCCCAAAGGUUCACAAAGACUUCCUCUAUGGAGGCGCAAGGGUCGUGGGGCUUGGGAUCGACAAAAUGGCAGAGAAGCUCGAGAGAGAUCAUGGGUUUUUGAUACCACAGAGAGUGGAGCUAAGGAAACUGGCAAUGGAGGAUAGGGCUUGCGAGGGAAAAGAUCUCAGCGAGUGCAAUUUGGAAGCUAUGGCGAGAGCCGUACUAAAUGGCGAAGUGGACAUCGUGAGACCAUUGAAGAUGGCAUCGUUCAAGGAUGAUAUCAGUCGUGAGUACUCGGACGACUUGAUCAAGCACGCGAGCGUCGAAGCCUUUAGAGCGCAGAGGAUCGGCAUGAAGCUGUUAGGGAACAGGAAAUAGUUCAAUCAAUCAAUCAAUCUCAUAUUUGUUACUGUUCCCAUAUGUACACUACGGUUGUUGUAGUGCUCAUCUGGAAAUAUGGUCUUUGAUCCAAGGGAGCAAACAGACAUAGUUCAUUUAUUGUGUCUCGUGAACUCUUAACUUUUAUUUUCGUAUUUUCUAUGAAAUUAUGACAUGAUUGACUUGACGACACCCAAUAAAACAUUAGA